AGUUCAGAUGCGGAAAAUACGUACGCCAAUAUGAGUGAUCGUCAUUUACGAAGGACAAGGAAUGCAUCAACAGACACCAAGAUUCCGGCUGCCAAGAAUACACAGCACCGGGUGAUACUGAUCCUGGGGGUCCUCCUCAUAUUGACCUUCAUUACUUUGGUCAUCCUCACAAGUUUCCUGUUCAUUUCCAAUAGAAUUAUUGGUGAGGAAAUGUCACAGAUGCGGAAUGGAAACAGUUCCUGCUGCCCCGAAGGCUGGAUACCAAUUGGCUCCAAAUGCUACUAUUUCCAAAAUACUACGGAAACUUGGGAGAGGAGCCGGGAGGAAUGUACCAAGAAUUACAGCGUUCUCCUGAUCCUGAAGAACAAGGAUGAAUUGGAUUCUCUGCUGCCCUUCAUGGAAGGAGAUAGAUACUGGAUAGGACUGCGGCGGGAUACCCAGAACAGCACUCGCUGGGUGUGGGUAGAUGGGACCCCUCUCACGUUCAGUGCGUGGAAUAAAGGGGAACCCAAUAACCAAUACGGUCGUGAAAACUGCACAGAGAUUAAGAAAAACGUUCGGUCAAUGAAUGACGUCCCGUGUGACAUUAAGAAACAUUAUAUAUGCAAAGCUCUGUCGAGGGGCUGAGAUACGCUCUGUAGACUAUGAAGUCUCCUAUCUGUAUGAUAUCUGCUUCCAUUCUGUACCGGGAGUUCCAUGACUGCACUAGGAGGUUGUGGAAAAACCAUUUGCUUUUGCUCCAUGUUUUAUUUCCAUUGAUUGAGCCCAUACGCUAUGGGGUCUAUAUAUAUAUAUUGGAAGAAAAUAGAAUCGCGCUAAACCUGUGAGUCAUAAUUAAAUGAAAUUCAAAAUCAGUAUGUGAUCCACCAGUGUUCAACAA